AGCUAGUUUGCUACCCUGCAGCAGUUGUGUUUUAUAACGACAUCUGACGACGUUCUUGUUUUUUUUCGAUGUAAUAUAAUUUAGUAGCUGCCGUGUGAUCUCCACUAUUCUUAUGAAUUAUUUGCAAAAAAAGAUCAUAAGUUCGAUUUUUUUUCACUGAUUUUGAUAGUUUGACUAGCUAGCUAGCUGAAUACAAGGCCUUUCUCCUCAUCAUGUUGGUAAUUGACUAACUAGCUGUUAGUGCCAAUGGUUUCCCCGUGGAAUGAGCGUUCCAUGCAGCAUCCUAGGUAUGAAUGACGUGGCCUGGCAGGAAUCAAGAGGUGGGAUGCUGCACACAAACGGUGCUCCUGAAGCAGGGGGGGGUCGAGUUCAUGGAGGCAGUUCCCUUGCCUCUGUCGGGGGAGCAGGCCAGGGUCCUGGGGGACCACAUACUCUACAGGGCAUGGACAGGGGCCCACACCCCACCCCAGGUAUCCCACAGCCUCCUCUGAGUGGCCGAUCUCAGGACGAUGCCACAGUGGGGUACUUUUUUCAGCGGCAGCCUGGGGAGCAGCUGGGAGGCUGUGCCCCUAGUAAGCACCGCUGGCCUACUGGCGAUGGCAACCAUGUUGAUCAGGUUCGUGGGGUGGAUGAGAUGAACUAUGAUUUCCAAGCUCUGGCUUUGGAGUCUAGAGGCAUGGGGGAGCUACUGCCUGCAAAAAAACUCUGGGAUUCUGAUGAACUGGCCAAGGAUGGAAGGAAAGGGCUGCUUCUUGGAGAAGAGUGGAGAGAGAAUGCGUGGGGUUCUUCUCAUCACUCCGUGUCCCAGCCAAUCAUGGUGCAGCGAAGGCCAGGGCAGGGUUUCCAUGGAAAUGGAGACGCCAGCUCUGUGCUGUCCCCCCGUUCUGAAGGUGGUGGGCUAGGGGUGAGCAUGGUGGAGUAUGUCCUGAGCUCCUCCCCCGGAGACAAGCUGGACGGCCGCUACAGGAAUGGUGGCUAUUGUGGUGUGGACCCUGACCCAGAUGGGAGAGAAAAGAAUGACACACAAGAGAAAACGUCUCCUUUUGAAGAGGACAAAAGCCCAGAGAUGAAGGUUGGAGAAGAGAGCGACACCUCCAAAUCUAACGGGAGAGGCCUACUCAAUGGAAUGGAUCGAGAUGUCAAAGACUUCAAUCCCACCCCAGGCAGUCGCCAGGCCUCUCCCACUGAGGCAGUGGAGAGGAUUGGCCCAACCCAGGCUGGUCUGGAAAUGAUGGGUCAGCACCACACCCAUGUCCUCCAGCCCCAGAACCAAGCCCACAACAAGCCCCUGGUGGAGGACUUCCAGAAUCAGGAGGCCCAGAACAUGGGUGGGAUGGAGCAGCAGGCUGGCGUGGAGUCCCUCCAGUUUGACUACGCCGGAAACCAGAUCCAGGUGGACUCUUCCGGCACUCCGGUGGGGCUGUUUGACUACAACUCCCAGCAGCAGUUGUUCCAGAGGUCCAACCAUUUGGCUGUUCAGCAACUCACUGCUGCUCAGCAGCAGCAAUAUGCCCUUGCGGCUGCCCAGCAGCAACACCUUGCAGGCCUUGCUCCAGCGUUUGUGCCAAACCCCUACAUCAUCAAUGCUGCGCCCCCCGGAGCAGACCCCUACACUGCUGCUGGGCUAGCAGCAGCUGCCACUCUCGCAGGGCCUACAGUAGUCCCCCCGCAGUACUACGGCGUGCCCUGGGGCGUGUACCCCGCAAACCUCUUCCAACAACAGGCCGCUGCCGCCGCCAGUCACUCUGCUAACCAGCAGGCAUCCAGUCAGGGGCCAGGACCUGGACAGCAACAGGUGAUGCGUGCUGGCAGCAGCCAGCGUCCCCUCACCCCAGGACAGGGCCAGCAGAGCCAGCAGGAGUCCCUGGCUGCGGCAGCAAACCCAGCCCUAGCCUACGCUGGGAUGUCAGGUUACCAGGUUCUGGCCCCUGCAGCGUACUACGACCAGACUGGGGCCCUGGUCAUGGGGCCUGGGGCCCGCAGCGGCCUGGGGGGGCCUGUCCGUCUGGUCCAGACCCCCCUGCUCAUCAACCCUGCAGCAGCACAGGCCGCAGCUGCAGCGUCAGCGUCCGGCUCUGGCAACAACAUGUCUGGCCCACCGGCCAACGGGAUGUACCGCUCCAUGCCCCAGCAGCCCCAGCAGUCCCAGCAGUCCCAGCAGUCCCAGAACAGCGGCCUGCCCACCAGCUCCUUCUACGGCUCCGGCUCUGUGCCCGCCAGCUCCCAGAGCAGCUCCCUGUUCUCCCACACCAGCGCAGCCCCGCCACCCAGCUCUUCUCUGGGCUUCAGCAGCACCGGGGGCUCCCUGGGGGUGGGGCUUGGCUCGGCACUAGGAGGCUUCGGCUCCUCAGUGUCCAGCUCCAGCUCUAGCAGCGUGUCUCGCAGGGACUCCCUGUUGGCCAGCUCCGACCUGUACAAGCGUGGCGGCAGCAGCCUCACUCCCAUCGGCCAGCCCUUCUACAACAGCCUGGGCUAUUCCUCCUCACCCAGCCCCAUUGGCCUGACCCCGGGACACUCCCCCCUCACCCCCCCACCCUCUCUACCCUCCUCCCAUGGAUCGUCCUCCAGUCUUCACCUAGGCGGCCUGACCAAUGGCAGUGGGCGUUACAUCUCGGCCGCUCCCGGAGCCGAGGCCAAGUACCGUAGCGCUGGGGGCACCUCUAGCCUGUUCAGCUCCUCCAGCCAGCUGUUCCCACCGUCCCGCCCGCGCUACAGUCGCUCAGACGUAAUGCCGUCUGGACGCAGCCGGCUGCUGGAGGACUUCCGCAACAACCGCUUCCCCAACCUGCAGCUCCGUGACCUGCCAGGACACAUGGUGGAGUUCUCCCAGGACCAGCACGGCUCCAGGUUCAUCCAGCAGAAGCUGGAAAGGGCCACUCCGGCGGAGAGACAGAUGGUGUUUGGGGAGAUCCUGCAGGCAGCCUACCAGCUCAUGACGGACGUGUUUGGGAACUACGUCAUCCAGAAGUUCUUUGAGUUUGGGAGUGCCGACCAGAAGCUGGCCCUGGCCACUCGUAUUCGCGGCCAUGUGCUACCCCUGGCCCUGCAGAUGUAUGGCUGCCGGGUCAUCCAGAAAGCCCUGGAGUCUAUCUCCUCCGACCAGCAGGUAAUUAGUGACAUAGUCCGGGAGCUGGACGGCCACGUGCUGAAGUGUGUGAAGGAUCAGAAUGGUAACCAUGUGGUUCAGAAGUGUAUCGAGUGUGUCCAACCUCAGGCCCUGCAGUUCAUCAUCGACGCCUUCCAAGGCCAGGUGUUUGUGCUGUCCACCCACCCGUAUGGCUGCAGGGUGAUCCAGAGGAUCCUGGAGCACUGCACCCAGGACCAGACCCUUCCCCUCCUGGAGGAGCUGCACCAGCACUCUGAGCAACUGGGCCAGAAAUAUCAAGGCGUUUCAUUGGAGAUGACACCCAAAACAUAUUAUACAGUGUCCAGCGAUGCACUGUUCAAGGAUCAGUAUGGUAACUACGUCAUACAGCAUGUUCUGGAGCAUGGCAGACCCGAGGACAAGAGCAAGAUCGUGGCCGAGGUCCGUGGCAAGGUGCUUGUCCUGAGCCAGCACAAAUUUGCAAGCAACGUAGUGGAGAAGUGUGUGAUCCACUCGUCUCGUGCGGAGCGCGCGCUGUUGAUUGACGAGGUGUGCUGCCAGAAGGAUGGCCCCCACAGCGCCCUGUACACCAUGAUGAAGGACCAGUAUGCCAACUACGUGGUGCAGAGGAUGAUCGACAUGGCUGAGCCCGCCCAGCGCAAAAUCAUCAUGCACAAGAUUCGGCCUCAUAUUGCCACCUUGCGCAAGUACACCUACGGAAAGCACAUCCUGGCCAAGCUGGAGAAGUACUACAUGAAGAGCGGCGCUGACCUCGGACCCAUCGGGGGGCCCACCAACGGCCUCAUGUAGGCACACCCCGUCCCUUCGACAACACCGGAGGAGCCCCCUCCCCCCCUCUUUUAUUGUUUAUUACCAGGCACUCGUGAGCCAUCAGGGUUCACCUUCGGCACCUCUGUUUUGUCCCACGGAGGAGCCCCCCCCCCCCCCCCCCAAAAAAAAAAGAAGAGUUUAACUUUCACCUAAGAAUGCUGUGACAUCUGGCCCUGACUCUCUGCUACCCCUGGCUUACUAUUUCCUUGUGUGGCCACUGGGGGGCGUAAAAGCUGCAGGGAUCUCCGGGGUAAAGCACAAACCCAUUGUUUAUGAUGUAAUUGACUGGUUUUCAUAUAUAAUCUUGUACAUUUGUUUUUUUUUACCUUGUAAAUUCUCUGUAGAAAAAACACAUUUGCUGAAACUUACAAUUCUUACAAUGAUACCAGCAAGUGACUUUAUAAGGCCAAACUGAGUGAUCCUUUAAAAUUUUUCAUUAGUUUUUGUACCCAGACUUACUAUGUCAGCUGUUCUGAUUAUAAGUCAGGCUUUCUACACUUUCCCAUGCACAAGCGAUGGUACCUAUGCCAAAGCAGCUGAUUGAUUCAUUUUUACUUGUACCACAUGGUAUGGAUAGAUACAAUACUCCUGUCCACAGACAAUUACUAUGUCUCUUGUGCCAAUGAGUUGUCAUCCAUAGGUCUUCUGGACCAACUAGAGUUCUUUGCUUUGGAAAAAUCUGUGCUUCAAAUUGGGUAGUGUUAUCCAGGCAGUGGCUUACUGUUGUCUACAUUUUGUUGCCUCCUUCUUUGGAACAGUUUGUGAUCUGCCGACUACUCAGUGGACAGUGUAGGUACUAAACAAUGCAGAUUAACAAACUGCUAUGCUGUUGCAUCCACUUACAGUGAUGUUUCCAACUGAGCCCCAUCCAAACAGUCUUGUUUUUUGUUGUUGUAGUUGCUUGGUGUAACAACAACCAGAAACUAUUCUCUUUCAAGGUAAAGGAUGUAUGUAGGGUUGGGAGUCUGGAGUAUAGUUGACCGGCUGUAAUAUUUACAUGAAAUUAAAACUGUAGGGGGAGUUUUCGGGGAUGGGGUGGGUGUUAGCGGGUAAGCAUUGGCAUGCUGUGACAGGUUUUAAAUACUUGGAAUGAUUUUUCUUUAUCAUGUUUUGUGGAACAUCUUAUCUGUCUUGUAGUAUGAGAUGAACACUGCCCUAGAAAUGGUAUGUUUAUGUACUGAAUAUCAUCUCUUGCAUAGAAGUAGUUUAGCAAUGUAUAGCAUCUUUAUGUAUGAGUAAAUAUUAAAAUGUUGCUUUUUGGAUUGGGGUAAAAGAUGGUACCCCCACCGCCUUGCAGUUCAGAGCAGUAGGACGUUUUUGUUUUUGGGAGGUGCUCAUCCUGUUUCAAAAUCUUUGAGGAGAGGAAUCAAAUGAGUGGAAUUAAAGGGUCGUUAUGGUUUCCCUAGUUUAUUUUAUUUUGGGUCUGAAUAUGCAAGUGAAAAGUGGAGGCUGGUGGGGCCAUCUGAUGCUACACAACUCAUCUGUAAUGCUAAUAGUGAUGGCUCUUUUUUUGUCUUCAAAUGAAUAAUUGUAGAAUACCUGUAGUAUAUGUGCAGUUAAUAAGUGUAAGUUUAUUAGUUUAAUUGAAAUGUCUAAUUGUGAUGUUUGACAGGCCUUGCUAAAUUGGUAGUGAUGCUUUUAUUUCGUCUGUACAGUUGUACAUUUGUAAACGUUGAUGCUGUAAAUGGGAUGUCUUUUACACUUUGGGGGAAAAAACAAACGUGCAUUUUGAUGUGUGUAUAUUCAUCACUCCUUUCCCUGCGAAUAUAAUGUAUACAGUUUUAUUUGAUCAAGCGUUAUUUUAAACCAAUCUUUUUAUGGCUUCACAAUCUGACUUUUUUGUUGUUGCUUUUAAUCUGUUAUGGGAAAGGUCAGCCUCGAUUUGUACUUGGAACUGUAAGAGCUUCUGUUGAUAGUCUUUCUGACGUGUGACAGGUUAAAAACAACUAUGCUCUGUACUUAAAAUGAGGCUGCUUCCAGUCCUCUAUGCUACCAUGGAAACUACACAGGAUAUGACAGAAUUAUUUUUGUACAGAAAAGUGCUGUAUUUUGGAACAGCUACUACCUUGUAAGCAAAAGAAAUGUAAGAUAUUGUCAAUUAUAUAAAUAUGAACAUAUGAGUUUUGUCACACUGUCAAAGUCAUGUACAUUUUCAGGUGGCCUUAUGUACAUUUCCAGAUGUUAGAUGAAGAAAAAAAAGAACUCAUUUUUUUGGAAGCAGAAUUGUGACUAUGUAUGAUUAAACCAUUCUUCUAACAUUU